AUGGAGGAAGCGGCACAUCCUUACGUUCCCAGAGAUCUGAAACUUCCGGGAUACGUUCCGAUGACCUUGUCCAUGUCCUCCAUUCUCACCGUCUACCUCGGUGCUUCCCUCUUCGUCGUUACCCUCGUCUGGUUUCUCUUCGGGAGGAAGAAACCUCAGCUUGACAAAUUGCUUAUGUGUUGGUGGGCGUUCACUGGUCUCACUCACAUGGUCCUUGAGGGCUACUUCGUUUUCUCCCCUGAGUUUUUCAAGGACAACAAGUCUUGCUUUCUCGCUGAAGUCUGGAAAGAAUAUAGCAAAGGUGAUUCGAGAUACGCAAGCAGAGAUUCUGCAGUGAUAGCUGUUGAAGGCAUCACCGCUGUUAUAGAAGGCCCAGCUUGUUUACUCGCUGUAUACGCCAUUGCUAAGGGGAAGUCGUAUAGCUACGUGCUUCAGCUUGCGAUCUCGCUAGGCCAGCUCUACGGAUGUCUAGUGUAUUUCAUUACUGCUAUCUUGGAAGGAGACAACUUUGCUACAAACUCCUUCUACUAUUACUCGUACUACAUUGGAGCUAAUGGAUGGUGGGUGUUGAUACCUUUCCUCGUUUCUUACCGUUGCUGGAUAAAGAUUUGUGCAUCUGCUGCCAAUAACGUGGAGGCCGCAGCAAAGACGAAGAAGAAAAACCGUUGA